GAAUGAUUAGAGAACCAUACGUAGUUGGUGCUUUAUAAAACUUGAGAAUUCAAUUAAUACUUAUUGUGGCUAUUAAAUUUCAUAAACUAAUGUGUUUGUCGUAAAGACAUUAUAAAGGACACCCAAAAUGGUUUUUAAAUUAUUGGUGAUAUUAACUACAAUGAUGACAGUUGCUGUCCAUGUCAUUUACGGAGUUGCUUCAUCAGCAUGCUACGGCACAGAUCCAAGCUGUGACUUUUACACGAUGCAAUGUGCGUCGCAACAAGUCAUCAGAAUACGCAACUUGUUUGUUGGAUAUAAAAAUACCACUGUUUACCCAAUAUGUGGCACCGAACAACACUGCUCGUCUUCCUCAAUUUGUUGUGCCUUGGGAGGAACCGAGAUAAGAGAAGAUUUUAAUCUAGAGAAUACAUACAAUACAUAUACGAACUGUUCUGGUAGACAGGGCUGUACGGCAAUCCAUCCCCCCUGGCAACAGCUCCAAACAACCGUUAAUGGUUUCACCAUUUAUUCGUCGUUUGUUCAUCUGGAAUAUGACUGUCAAGAAGUAUCAUCAAAAAUACCAUUAUGUGGCGGAUCUUCUAUAACCAGCUACGCUGAGAUUAUGUUUGACGGAUCCGUGGAGAACUUUGAUCCUUUAAAGGCCAGCAAAGAAUGUCGGUGCAAUGUCAGCAAUUUUGGAGAACAACAGAAUGUUAUAUUUACAACCUUAGACGUCCGACUGGAAAGCCAUUACAAACGAGAAAAUCAAACGUCUGCCGAUUGCUCUUCAGCCUUCUUUUCUUCAUACGUGCGAAGUGAAAAGUGCGUGGAGUCAGAUAAGCAUUACGCAGAUAACUUUUUUUAUGAAAGCAGUGGCAAUUCCCAGCAAACACUAAUUAUGCCACCAGGGAUGACGUCAUAUAUCAGAUUGACGGACAUACACGCAAACGGUGCACGGGACUCACCAGCAAUGGUUUGGAUUUCUUUAAAAG